GCGUUUGCCAAAUUCGUCCCUUCUCACAUUCCGUAGCUGUUAGCAAUCAAGCUAGCUAGCAGUAAAUUAGAACCGGCGUUCGCAUUUACAUGCUCUAACAUAAACUAACAACUUUAAAACGGAAACUAAUCCCCUUUAAAUCGAAUAAUAAGCACUAUUCGCUGUCUGUGACGUGCAGGGUCUUAAACCUUGGUUAUUAUAUUUAUAUCGUUAGCUCAUAAGUACGUACUUGAAUGCAGCGCAAUACUUUCUCAAUGGCUCAUUUGGGCUGUGAAGUCAUCAUGGACAUAGAAAUAGAAUAAUAUUUAGUCGACUACAUCGCUCCUUAAUUAGUUAGCUGAGCAUCCUUGCGAAGGCAUGUUACCCUGACCUGUGUUCAUGAAAGGUUGGAGGACAUGGUCGUGAAUCUGUGCCUGCCACACUUCAACACAAACAUCAGCUGCAGCAAGGUGUGUGCCGAUGGGUACGAUGUCACAAACCUUAUAUCGGCGGACCCCGCUCUGCGGAGGCGUGGCUUCAAACUGGAGUACUUUUUACGUCCUCCUGUGCAGGUGACGUUAAGGUUCGGCUUCCAGGUGGAGCUUUGCAGGGUGGACGUGGAGCUGUGGCCCUGGGGCUUCGACCGAGGACAGUGCAGCAAGAGACUGGAGAUCAGCACCAGCUCCGAUCCACUUCCCCCUCAGAAUAUUGGCCAGGAACAGGUUAACGACGGGCUUCAGACGCAGGGAAGUCUGGAGCAGAAGAGCGGAAAACAACAGCAGUGCCAUCCAGCUCGUCUGUUGAAUGGCCACCAGCGGAAUCUCCAGGCUCAGAGGUCUGGUGAGAAGACUUUGGAUGUGCCUCGGCCAAAGAUUCAUACUCAAUCAGGCAGGUCUGAGCAUGAGUUUAAAUUGGUGGGUCGUUGUGAACUCAAGGAGGAAACAAAAGUUAGUUUCUCCCGUCCUCCAUUUCAUCCGCGACCUCCAUUCGUGUCCUCUCCUCCUCCCCCCGCUGACGACGGUCGGCGGGAGGAGCUGUGGAGCCGAGGACACCUUUCUUUGACGUCUGUCACGCAGCUCCGCGUCACUCUGCCUUUCGGCGGCUCUGCGUCGGCGCUCGGCCUCAAGGCUUUGGCAGUGUGGGGGCAACCAGCUAGUUGCUGCCCCCUGGAGGAAGUUGAGAAGAUUGAGCACAUCCACAAGGCCAAUCAAAGACUGUUACAUCAACCUGUCCCAGCUGUCUAUCAAAUCAAACAGCCCUGCCAAGGCACACCUCCGAGCAUUCAAUCUCUUAAUUCAAUCCCAGAGGAGUUCCUCGACCCCAUAACCCAGGAAGUAAUGGCUCUUCCCAUGCUGCUUCCGAGCGGCAUGUCUGUGGACAGCACCACCCUGGAGGAGCACCAGAAGAGGGAAGCCUCCUGGGGGAGACCCCCGAGCGACCCGUUCACCGGCGUCCCCUUCACGGCCGCCUCCCAGCCGCUCCCAAAUCCCCAGUUGAAAAGGCGAAUCGACUAUUUCCUCCUACAGAAUGGUGGCACGAGGAGGGACGGGACAACGGGGAGACGAGGGGAGGCAGAGAAGCCACAACCCUCAAGGCUCAUUGGCUCUCUGGCGGCAAACGGUAAUCACUGUAUGAUGGCUGCCACAAGAGAGGACCCCGCAUCGGGACAGUCGUCGGAUCACGGAAAUGCUCCAUGUGACUCAAUGCUUCUUAACAAAAACACAACACUUGAGAUUGACGGAGUGAAGAAACGACACUUGAGUGAAUCAGAACCACCUGCAGCUGUGCAACUACUACUACCUCAAACUAAACGACCAAGAAGUGACACAAACUCAGUCUCUUCCAGAGGGCCAAGCAGCAGCAGCUCGCAUGAACAACGUCUGUCAGCCAGCCUGGACGACGCCCUCUUUUCCGUCUUAAAGGGACGACCCUCCUUUACGUCAAACUUGUCUAUGCGUGGGCCGGCCCCUCCUGUCACUGAGUCACUGGACUCCUCAACUCAGUGUCAGGCCACUACUCCUAGUGCUGCAGACGAGAAGACGUGUUCGUCUUGUUCCCGCGUACUCUCUCCAUACUCGACGCGGCCGUCGCCCGUUUACCGGCUGCUCUGCGGCCACUUGCUGUGCCGCGCCUGCCUGCAAAGUAACUCGGCACCCGCGCGGAACUCCGUCGCCACGGCAACGGCCUCCGCCCGCAUCAUGUGCUCUACCUGCCGAAGCGCCACCUCUCGCAGCGACAUCAUUCGCGUGCAUCACUAGCCUGCCCGGAGACAGCGCAAAGAAACAAUUUGCUCUCAAGCCGAAGUCUCUUCAUCGAGCGCCACAGCCUUGGUUCGGAUGGCUUGUGGGAACACAAAGAAGCCUGAGGACAGUGUGCAGCGUAGCCACAGGCUAAAUGCAUAAAGAGGGACGUGUGGAGACUGAAGCUUCAUGACUGAAGCUUUUUUUUUUAAACAGCUUCAUCUAACCGUCUAGUGUCAUGCAACCCACCAUGUCACAUUCACACUGCUAUUUCGGAUAUUUGGAAGAAUAAAUGCAGCAAUUAAGUCAAGAAAUGAUCAGCAAAGUUUGUGUUUCCCAACCUUUAUUAAACCAAGCCACAUACCGGUGCAUCUCAAUAAAUUAGAAUAGUGGCAAAAGAUUAUUUAGUUAGGUAGUUCAAUUCAACAAGUGAAAUUAUUUUAGAAAUUUGGAAAUUAUAGAGCUGCACUAAACACAGAGUGAAAUAUAUAUUUUUUAAUAUACUUAUAUAUAGCUUACAGGAACUGAGAACCCAAAAUUCACCAACUCUAGAAUCUAAAAUAUUCCAUAACAAGCAGGAAACAAUGAAAAUGAUUUGUAAUGUAGAAAUUAGGCAUUUGCCCUUUGAAAAGUAUUUUCCCAAGUGUUUAAUGACUCUAUAUAAUGUAUGAGUACUGAAAUUGACGUUUCUAACAUAUUCUAACUUAAGAUGUACCUGUCUGUAUUUUACAUGGGGAAAAAAAAAAAAUACAUCUCACGACAACACAAACAAAAUGUCCCAAAAAGUGGAUACACUGGUUCAUUAUGUAGCUUCUGCCAUCUAGUGGAAGAACAUUUAUUUGAUCUGUUUAUCACUAUACAUCACUGGCAUAGAUAGAUGAACACAGAACCAUUAUUUGUGGUGAAUAUUUUUUUUUUUGUACCAAUUCAAGUGAAAUCUGAUCAUUUCCCACAGCAUACAAAUGUGUCACGGCAAGCUAGUGGGAAAUCACAGUGGAAAGUCAUCCACGCAGGAAGCCGAGAUUCGAAGAUGGCACUUCUCGACUUUGAGGCAGACGUGCCAAAUGAAAAAUAAAAAAACACCCCCAGAUGCUGGCUGAAAUCAAGUCUAGUGCGCUGUGCUGACGGCGACUCCGCAGGUGUUCUACUUCGGAGCGUCCACUGUUUGUUUCCCACUCGGGAUGUGCCGCUGAGCCCGUAAAAAGGUACAAAGUGACCCCAAGACUUUUACAUUACCAAAAAAAAAAACGUUGGGCGACCACAUUGACAAGCAUGUUGGUUUCCACGACAACAUGUAGAGUAAUCAAGGUCGUGAUCCUGCAUCCGCUCUGCAAGAAUUGCAUGCAAACUGGCAUCAGAUAAAUAGAUCAGUGCUUUUUUGUUGUUGUUGUUGUUGUUGACUAGAUAAAAUCUAUGCAAGCACGGAGAGAACAUGCUAAGGUUGGAACCCUCAAAACUGUGAGACAGAUAUGUGAACCACAACAUCAACGUGUUGCCCCUGAAUGCAAUAGUUGAAAAUAAUUUGGUAGGGUCAAACUAAAAAAAAUAUUUUUAACUAGUUGGAAGGUAUUUCAUGAGAUUUUACAUUUUUUGUUUGUUUUUUUUUAGUUUAAAUUUAAAUCGGUUUCUAUAGGGUCAGCGUUUUUUUCCGUCCUCUGAUUGAUGUAAGCAAAAGCUAUUACAGCCAAGUUCGAUGAACAAAACAUCCAUCCAUCCAUCCAUUUUCUGUCCCACUUCUCCUCACGAGGGUCGCAGGCUGCUGGAGCCUAUCCCAGCUAUCGACACCCUGAACCGGUCGCCAGCCAAUCGCAGGGCACAUAGAGACAAACAACCAUUCGCACUCACAGUCACACUAAGAGGCAACACAGCUGUAGCAAUUCACACAAUAUCAGCAUAUCUGGUGAGUAUGAUGUAUUUUAUUUGCAUUUUUUUCAUGUUUUGGUCAUGUUAGAUAAAUAUUCAUAUUAAUAAACUGCUCCAAAACAGCUACAUUAAUGUAACCAAUCAUACAGGACUCAAAUGAUAGGGACGUAAGAAAGUACAAAGACUUCAUUACUUAUUUAUUUUUCAAUUUUUAUCUUUCUGACAACUUUUAACUUUCAUUCCCUAUAUUAGAAAAGCUGUACUCUCUGCUGCUUACUAUCCUGUACAAGUUAAUAAAAUAAUGAAACUCUUGUG